AACACUCGCCGGUUAGCCUAGCCCCUUAGCUUAUCGCUGGUGUAGGUGGGAGGAUCUUGCUCGCCUGUCCCGUUUCUCGGCACCCGCUCAGUGAAAUUAGUGAAUACCGCAGUAAGAGCCGAGCGUGUUUGCGUGAGUCACGGUCCAGAGAAACGAGCCAGCGGGGAUUCACAUUCAGAGAAACCUCUCACUGGACGGGCGACAGAAAUGGCAGCCAUUCGGAAGAAGCUGGUGAUAGUCGGGGAUGGAGCUUGUGGGAAAACAUGUCUUCUCAUAGUUUUCAGUAAGGACCAGUUUCCUGAAGUCUACGUCCCAACGGUGUUCGAGAACUACAUUGCUGAUAUCGAAGUCGACGGAAAACAGGUGGAGUUGGCGCUGUGGGAUACUGCAGGCCAGGAGGACUACGACAGGUUGAGGCCUCUCUCCUACCCUGACACAGAUGUAAUUCUGAUGUGUUUUUCCAUAGACAGCCCUGACAGUUUAGAAAAUAUCCCUGAGAAGUGGACGCCAGAGGUGAAGCACUUCUGUCCCAAUGUUCCCAUCAUCCUGGUUGGGAACAAGAAAGACCUGAGGAACGAUGAGCACACGCGCAGAGAACUGGCCAAGAUGAAGCAGGAGCCGGUGAAAACAGAAGAAGGCCGAGACAUGGCCAGCAGGAUCAGUGCUUUUGGCUACUUGGAGUGCUCUGCCAAGACCAAGGACGGCGUCCGGGACGUGUUCGAGAUGGCCACUAGAGCGGCGCUGCAGGUCCGCAAGCGCAAGAAGAGAAGCGGCUGCACGCUGCUGUGAGCGGAGCGGAGCCCGUAGAGUUCAACUGGCCAAGCGGAGGAAACAGAACUGACCGUUAACCAAAUGGCAUCUUUGUACUGUAUCUGGCAUUUCACAGUAACAGGCAGACGUGUUAACCGAACAGAAACAACCCAAUACAGGAUAUGGACUUUGUUUAUAUUAAAGCCGUGGUUAGAAAUUGAUGUUUCUUGUUGAUUUGAUUAUAUAACUUCCGAAAUCUGUCUUACACUUAGAACGUUUUUCCUACUUGUUUUUCUUUACACUUGUAAAAAGGCAGUGGUAGAUACACAUGGUCGAAUGAAAUAUUGUUCUUGACGAGCUUGAUGAAGCAGCAUCCUCCAUAGUUUGUGUAAAGUCUCCAUGAGUAAAGUCCCGUCGCAGCCGUUCUGGCUGUUUUGUCAUAGUGUCAGUUCUGUUUACUGUGGUAGAGUUUUGACUGUGGGAGCUAGUGCCUAUUUUUUAGGCUGGUACACCAUCAUCACCGACGUCCGUCAGCCGGGCUAGCAUUUCAACGCAGGGCCUCUCCAUUGUACUGGAGCUCAUUUUACACAGUGCUGUCAUUGUGAAACCUGAGCGAAGCCAUAACUAAGGCUCUCAGUGCUGCUGACAACUCUUCAACCACAACAAAUUGUUGCUCGUGUCAUUUUAGUCAGCAAUAUUCAGUCAAUACUCUCCAUUUUCCACCCACACUGAGGAUAAAGAAGGUAGUUGCCUCUGUAAUGUGAUAAUGGUUGACAAAGUGAAGAGAGACUCCCAUUCAGGAGGAGAAUGAGGUCUAAUUAUUCACAAGCAUCCCUCAUAACUGUCACUAGUCUGUGCUGUGGACGCAGACGGGCGAUGAGAACUGGCCAAUUGAGACAUAAGCCAAUAUGACUCAACUAUGCACAAUAGCUGUUAGAACCAUAAGGGAGAUGACACAGCUGAAACUGAAAUCACAUAAGGCCACAACCUAAUGAAGCAUCCCUUCCGUCUUUGCUGGGGCCGAGUUCAGCUCUCCCUCUGCACCAAGGAGACGAUCACACCCCCUCUGAGAAUCUGUGUGUCGGACGGGUUGGCCCAGUGAUUGAAACUCAUUUUCUUAGAGCUGUUAGGCCGGGCUGCAUGUGGAGGCUUCCUGUUGGACAGCAUUCUCCACAUGUUUAUGAUGAGCCGAGUUUUGUGUGAGGAGUCUUGUUUUUCCCCCCGGUGCCUUCGCUGCUCUGUUGUGCCUUUGGUUGUUCUCUCCUAGAUGCACUUCCAGUAGCUAUUUAACCUGAUCCUAGACGUCAGCAGUGAUUGGCAUUUGUCACAAAGAUCUGAUCAUGGCUUGAAAAAAUAUAAAAAAUAACACAGCAAUUACGUAAUAUACUGUGACUCCCAAGAACAAGUUUGGUGAAUAAACUAGAUCACGCCAAUUUUGCCUCAUGGGAAAAAACCUUCAUCUCCUCAAAAUUGCUGAAAUUCUUUAGAUUACCAAGAAUCUACAUUACACACUUCUUGAGAACAGCUUGAACUAGUUCUUACAGGCCCAGUGACUGUCCUCGGACAGACGUUCCACUUCCAGGCCUGUGUUGCUCAUUCACAUGCUGCACGUCCCUGGGUUGCAUGACGCUGUACAGUAGGUAUAUAGGAAGGCGGAUGUUAACGCGUGUGUGGCAAAAAUUUAUCUUCAGUGUUGCAUGAAGCCUUCCUGCAACUCCUGGAAAGGCACCAAAGCCACCACCCAGUGAGACGCACAUCAUACAUUCCCCCUACUGGCCAAGCACAGAACUGGUCCAAUAGGCAAGAUCCAACUAGUUUCAUUUUCCUUGACAUGACGUUAAUCAUCACACACAAGCUCCAUUAUAAUGCUUUUACCUCAGAUCUUUAUAGAGCGGACGCUAUGUUGCAGCUGCGUGCAUUAAAGUGUGGUCAAUAAAGCACAUUAUCUACGCAUAUAUGAGCAGAUUCAGACCUUUAUGACGAGGGUUUCUGUCAAAGAAAAAGAUGCUUCGUGUGAUGAGCCUCAUCACUGAGAAAUGAUGCUGAUGGGUCUGAAUGAGCUUAACAGCAGGACAUUCAUGGGGAUUAGUAGUUGGCAGAGAUAACUGUAUAGCCUUCACAGCUGGAAGCACAGCGUAAAGAUGACAGCAUUCUGGUAGAGAGGCAGAUAGUCUACUGUUAAACAUAUCACAAAAAGCAUGUAUCGUACUGUUGUUAAUGUGUUUGCAGAUAAUUUUGCGCUAAAUCAAAAGUUGUCUUUACAAUAUUGAUGCAUGCGUGACUAAACCACGGGUCUUUGGGAACAGCUUCUGCUCGGUGUCGUGAAACUUUUCUUUCUCUGGAAGUAUUUGAAAUGACAAAUGAUUGAGAUUUCUUUUAAAGCUCACUGUAAUGGCGCUUGAUAAACAGCAGUGGUGUUAAAGUGAAUGUUGGAUCUGAAGUGAAGAUAAACAUUGUUAAUAAACUAUUUUUGAGACAAGA